AUGGCCGCCCCCCAAGAAGGAGAAGCUUCAUUUUCGCGCUCCGACAAAGGUGUCGCUCCUUCAACCAAGGUGCAAUCACAAGUCAUCGACGAGGAAUCCCAGCUUCCGAACGGGGGCCAACAGCCUUUACAGUCCCCAGCCUCGGAUCGGGAUGAGCUUGGCUACCACGACAACUCCAGGGUACCUAAGCUUUCUUACCUGAAGCUCUUCUGGUUCUUCUUUUACAACUUCGGCCUUUUCGCAUGGGGAGGGCCCGUCGCCCAGAUUGCUCUCAUCAAGGAGAGGCUUGUGAUAGAGGACAAAUGGAUUACGUUGGCUCGCUUCCAACGCGUCUUCUCCGUCUACCAGAUAUUACCAGGGCCGGAGGCAGCAGAGCUAUGCAUGUUUUUCGGCUGUCUGUCAGCCGGAAGGAUUGGAGGCAUCAUCGCGGGCAUCGCGUUUAUGCUCCCAGGCUUCGUCCUGAUGCUUUUAGCAAGCUACUUAUACACGCUCGCCGGUUUCGAGAAUAUCUACUUCAACGCGUCUUUCAAGGCUUUACAGCCAAUUGUGGCGGCAAUGAUCUUACGUGCCACCCACAAGAUCGCCGAACAUUCUGUGAUUAAGCAUACAACAAACAAAGUCGAUCCGUUGCUCAUCCUUGCAGCAAUCCUGACAUUCUUGAACUGCGCUCUUCGAAUCAACAUUUUCAUAUCUCUGGGGUUGUAUGGAGUGUUGUACACGCUUAUCACUUGGCGGCUCCGGAUCGUGGCCGGCGUACUGUUCGUGCUUCAAUAUGUCGGCUAUGCAAUCUACGUCGUGUUUCGUGGUGUCCCGUCGCCGGUGUCGCUAGCUCUCGGUAUCUGUCCAUCCCCCUCACUGAUCAAUCUCUUCCUUCUGGGUCUGGUUGCAGGCAGUUUGUCCUUUGGAGGCGCAUAUACUGCAAUUCCCUUCAUCCAAGUUGAGGCCGUUCUGAAAGGUGGCUGGCUCGCACAAAAUGUCUUCUUGGAUUGCAUUGCUAUUGGAAACAUACUGCCUGCGCCGUUGGUCAUCUUCGCAACUUUCGUAGGGUUUCAAGGUGGCCUUGUCGACUCGCUCGGUAACGCGUUCGCCGGGGGGAUCAUUAUCACGCUGGGAAUGUUUCUUCCUUGCUUUAUCUUCACCAUUGCCGGGCAUGAACUUCUCGAGAAGUUGGUCAGGAACAAGAUCCUCUCGUCAUUCUUUGACGGUCUUUGUGGCUCCGUCCUUGGUGUGAUUGCUGUCAUCGCUGCACAAAUACUUAAAUCAAGUAUAGCAGGAAACACGCGUCCCGAGGAUCGAGAAAACACCGCUAAGCUCAUUCAACAAGCACUUCAGGGUGGACCAGCAGCUGCUAUUUGCUUGCUUGCUCUCGCAGCGAUCUACAAAUUCGCUCACAAGUACACGCCCCUGGUGCUGGUUGUCAUUGGUGCUAUCGCUGGCCAAUUCAUCUUCGUAGAUGUCAUAGCCUAG